AUGUGCAGCAGGACCUUCGGCACCAGCACUGUUGGCAUGUUUGGUAUCUUUACAAGUGGUUACCUCCACCGGGAUAUAAAACCAAACACUAUUGUCGUGGGCGUCAAUGACAGGGAUGACAGAGCCUACCUCAACGAUUUCAGCUUGGUUAAAAAAAACAAGUUUGCUGGCAAACACGUCGUGUGGAGAGAAGGACUCAGGUCCGUAGGUUUGCCAAAGGACCAAACGAAGGAGAAAAGGCUUGCUGCCGGGCACGAUGUUGAUGCCCUAUGCUGUGAUACCCCCUCUAGUUUGGCUGAUUACGUUGGCUAUAUCUUUGAGCACGGCUACAAGGAAAAGCAAGUUUUAAGGAGGGACGAACGGUCAUCCGCCCUCUCUUCCUUAUCACUCUACUUUAUCGGCGUACGCUUCUUCGGCACCACCCGUCUCUACCUCCAGAUCUUCGUGCUACAACCACCGGUGUAA